UUUACUUUGAGCCCACUAACCUGCAGGACUGUGGAUGAUCGACCGGACUUGGCCCUGGUUUAAAAGGGCGGUGCAGAGUCUCCCCCCCAGCAGGCCAAUAAGAUGCUGCUCGGCGUGUUGCAUAACCACACUGCAGGUCCACAGUCUGUGUCGACUCAACCCCCAUUCAUCGCUUUACCUCUUCACAAUGGCAGCUCCGAAGAAAGUCUGCAUCAUUGGCUCUGGAAACUGGGGUUCUGCCAUUGCCAAGAUAGUGGGUGCCAAUGCUGCUCAGAAUUCAAAUUUCGACGCCACAGUGAAAAUGUGGGUGUUUGAGGAGACGGUGAAUGGGCGCAAACUGACUGAAAUAAUCAACACUGACCAUGAAAAUGUGAAGUACCUUCCUGGUCACAAGCUGCCAGCAAAUGUGCUGGCCGUCCCGGACCUGGUAGAGGCGUCCACUGAUGCAGACAUUUUGGUGUUUGUGAUCCCGCACCAGUUUGUCGCGAAAGUGUGUGACUCCAUAAAGGGCAAGAUAAAAACCGAUGCUCUGGGCAUGUCGCUUAUCAAGGGUGUAGACGAGGGGCCUGAUGGACUUAAACUCAUCUCUGAUGUGAUCCAGGAGAAGCUGGGUAUCAACAUGAGCGUGCUGAUGGGUGCCAACAUUGCUAAUGAGGUGGCUGAUGAGAAGUUCUGUGAGACCACCAUCGGAUGUAAGAAUAAAAACCACGGGGCCCUCCUGAAGGAGCUCAUGCAGACCAGCAACUUCAGAGUCACUGUGGUGGAGGAGUCUGACGUGGUGGAGAUAUGCGGAGCCCUGAAGAACAUCGUUGCGGUCGGAGCCGGGUUCUGUGACGGUCUGGGCUUUGGAGACAACACGAAGGCAGCAGUGAUCCGGUUGGGUCUGAUGGAGAUGAUCGCCUUCGCCCGUAUCUUCUGCACCGCCGGCCCCGUAUCCUCCGCCACCUUCCUGGAGAGCUGCGGCGUGGCCGACCUCAUCACGACCUGCUACGGAGGACGCAACCGCAAAGUGGCUGAGGCUUUUGUGAGGACUGGGAAGUCCGUCGAGGAGCUGGAGAAAGAGAUGCUGAACGGUCAGAAGCUGCAGGGACCGGCGACGGCAGCCGAGGUUUACCUCAUCCUCAAGCACAAAGACCUCAUUGACAAGUUCCCCCUGUUCAAUGCCGUGUAUCAGAUCUGCUAUCAGGGCCACCCCGUCACAGAGUUCAUAAGCUGUUUGCAGAACCACCCCGAGCACAUGUAGAAAGCAACAAACUGACCAAGUGCCUUCUAAACGGAGAACAUUACCAUUUGUUAUCUGGUGACCCGUCACUCCACAGCUGUCAUGCAACCAAUCGGCUCCGGCCAGUGAGUGCAAACCACUGUGUUUUCAGAGGUUGCGUAACAUUUGUGUACUUUAGUUUAACCAUUCUGUCCUUAACACUCAGUUUUCAUGAAGUGCUUUCUUUCCUUCCCUGACUUUUAUGUGAAACUUGAAGGAUCAUUGUUUUAUUCCCUCACGUUGACGUCAGAUAGCUCUUUUUUCCUGAGGUUGUUUAUCUUUCUUCCGCCGAGCCAGAAAUCAGAAUGCAUGGAGUCACUCUCCUAGACAGCAGCCGAAUUUAAAACAGUAAUUAAGAACAUGCAGACAUUACUGGAUAUCAAAAUGAUCAUAAUUCAAUGACUCCUGUUUAGGGAACCAUCCACUGCCAUACAGUUAUAAACAUUUUGGUACAAUGUUUAUAAGGCACGACAUCAUGCAUUCAGAUUUUGGCAAGGCUGACACUCGGGGAAAAGAGCUACUGACCGCCUUCUGCAGAGGGAUAUGUUUAUGUGAUUUUGCUGAUCUGUGAAUGCCUGUCAAUCAUCUCAAGUUAUCUAAUUCUAGAUGGAAUUCCUCGCUGUUACGUCUUUGUUUGCUCUAACGUGUCUUACGUAAAUCACUAUGAUGUCUCCUGUCUUGUACUGUACAUACUGUCGAUCGCACAGCAACUGUUUUUAACAUAAAAGUGCCUUAGAAUGCAAGGUUGCUAAGUCUAGGCCAUUGUUGUCUUUUUUUUUUGUCAAACCAAAGACUUAACUACUUAACGUCCAUCCAGGAUUCCGUUUGUUAUUGUAACCUGCCUGUAACCCGGUUUUCGAUCAGUUACAGCUACUGUGUGUUGCAAAAUGGCAACAUUUGUCUGUGAAUAAACUAAUUGUGUUGUCAAAUCA